GAUUCUCUCCGAAAACCACCCACCCACCCCACCGAUAAACUAGGUUGACGUCUGUCCUUUAUCUGCCAACAUCUCCAUUUCCUUCAAGGUGGUAAUCUUUUGCUUUUGUUCUUUAAGUUCUGCUUUAUUCGUAAUUGUUCCCCAAUCGCUUUGGGGCUUGCAUAUACAGUUAACAAAAACACGGCACACGAGGCAGCCGUUUCGCUUUCUGUGCUUGUUGUUCUUGGCACCGGGUCAGUUCUAUGAACUUCUGGUGUCCAACUGGUAGGACCUGAAACUCUGUGUUUAACAAGUGCCCGUAGUCAAAACAGUUGGCGUGUGCAAGCCGGGCUCGCUGCUGCUGCCGCAGCUGGUCACCGCGGGUCCGGACGGUGCAGGGCGCCGGACCGUGCUGCUCGGUUUCAGGGGUGGGUUUUUGUUGUUUAGCUGUUGUUGUUUUGUUUUGUUUUUUCUUUUUUCUUUUCUUUUUUCUUUUUUUUUGCGAUGGCAUCCGUGCUAAUGUGGAUCUCUUCAGGUUCCAAAAGUACAACAUGUUUACAGUCGUCGUAGAAUCAGAUUAAGUUGGCAGCCUGAGUCUCUCUGUAAGUGGUUUUAGUUUACAUUUCUUCUCCUAGCAGGGUGUUUUGCAUAAUUUUGCUGAUCCUCGGUUAUUUAUAGACUUUUCUGAAGAAACGGGGAUGCAGGAGUGUGUUCUGUUCCGGCUGGGGAAAGUGAAAAUCCGCGUCUGCAGGGAGGGAAACUGGCCGUGCCUGGGCAGCCGGCGGUUAUUUUAGCUCCUGAAAAUUAAUUUCACCUCGAGGUCACUUGAUAACAUUCCGUAGCGUCCCGCCCAGCCCCUGACAUCGGAUACCCCGAGGAUUGUCUUAGGACGAGUUGUUUUCCUUGGGUCGGUCAGAAACGGAGCAAAAUGAAAGUCAUGAUGCCAUUUCCUCUGGGGCGCUCUGGGAGGGUGGAUGCAGUGAUUGGGUGUUGUUUCACACGGGCCGAGUGGGUUUGUGGUGGCUGUGCUGUCCCACCCACGGGAGCGGGUCCGCUGGCUACCGCAGCUCGCCCAGAAGCCACCCGGCGGGACCCACCAAGAGCUGGGGGCCCAGGCAGGGGGCGGGGGCGGCCGCUGGAAAGUUCAUGGCUAGCAAAGUUUGUCCUCCUCUGCGUGUCUGUGAUCCUCAGGUGUUCGUGACGUAAAAAAAAGAGUCAUAAUCGACGGCGAGGUGGCAUCCCAGCUAAUUCAUUAUCCAUUGGAUCUUCUGGCCCCGGCAGGGGGUGGGUAGCACCUACCGGUGGCACCUUUGUGGGGGGGGUGUAUGUGCAGAAAUGAAGAGGAAAUCUGGGCACGCUUGAGAUCACUAAGCCGGAAUGAACUCUCUGAAAGGGCUUCCAUAAUAUUUACUAGCACAGUUGGCUGGAAAUCGCUCUGCUUUGCCCACUGAAUGGCUGUGUAAUUAAAUCACCCCUUGAUAGCGUACCUUGAGCACCUCCCAUCUCUGGGUCGGAGGCUCCUGGAAUUUGCAUGGGGAGUAGCACCUUCUCCAGCGUAAUGAGUGCGGAGUCCCAGCCUAAUGGUCCACGGGAACGCUUGUAAAGGAGACAAUUCAUUGUGCCUCGGGCUAAAUAUUUUUAAAGGAACAAAUCGGGAGGGAGGGAGGAAACAGUAAACAUCGUGUGGGCCGUGCGAAAGGCCUUCGAAGUGGGAAGUCGGCCCUGCUGCAGGUCUGUGGGUCCCUCGCAGACAGGCCCACACCUACCAUCAGCGACUCGCACACGCAAAUGAGAAUGGAUGGUUGAGGCGGAAAUUUCCAAGAGAGAAGACACGGGUCAAUGUGUAGGCCUUCUCCCUCUCCGGCAUCUCCACCCUCCAAUUCCAGGACAUCGUUAGUACAGGUGAAAACUAAAGCCUGUCUCAGCGGCCAGAACUCUGCCAGCAGCACCUCAAAGCCAUUCAAAACGCCCAAAGACAAUCUCCUUACCUCCAGCAGCAAACAGCACACGGUCUUUUCUGCAAAAGGAUCAAGGGACAAACCAUGCGUUCCGGUUCCUGUAGUCAGUUUAGAGAAAAUCCCUAACCUAGUGAAGGCAGAUGGUGCCAAUGUCAAAAUGAACUCUACAACCACUACCGUGGUCACCUCCUGCUCCAUGUCAUCCUCUGCUGUCUCCACCCCACCUUUAAUUAAGCCAGUCUUGAUGUCCAAGUCAGUGCCACCUUCCCCAGAGAAGAUCUUAAAUGGCAAAGGAAUUCUGUCUGCCACAAUAGACAAGAAGCACCAGAAUGGCACCAAAAACAACAACAAGCCUUACAGGAGACUUUCAGAGAGAGAAUUUGACCCAAAUAAACACUGUGGAGUGUUGGAUCCCGAGACAAAGAAACCUUGCACAAGAUCCCUCACCUGCAAGACACAUUCUCUAAGCCAUCGGAGGGCAGUCCCGGGCCGGAAAAAGCAAUUUGACCUCCUUCUGGCGGAACACAAAGCCAAGUCCCGGGAAAAAGAAGUCAAAGAUAAAGAGCAUCUCCUGACUUCGGCGAGGGAAGUGUUUCCAAACCAACCCGGGCCAGCGCAGGACACUCUGCCAGGACCUUCAGGGAGCUCUGGGCCAGAACCGAAAGUCGCCUCCCCUGCAAAAUCCAGGCCACCUAACUCUGUGCUUCCUAGACCGUCUUCUGCAAAUAGCAUCAGCAGCAGCACAUCUUCAAACCACAGCGGCUACGGCCCGGAGCCCCCGCUGCCCCCCGCCGGAGGGGACCUCACCAGCCGGCUGUCGAGUGAUGAAGGGGAGAUGGAUGGAGCUGACGAACCCGAGAAGUUAGACUGUCAUUUCUCUACCCACCACCCCAGACCUCUUGCGUUUUGCUCAUUCGGGAGUCGCCUCAUGGGACGAGGGUACUAUGUGUUUGAUAGAAGAUGGGAUCGUUUUCGAUUCGCACUAAACUCCAUGGUAGAAAAACACUUGAAUUCACAGAUGUGGAAGCACAGAAACCCGAGUCCCAGGGCGUCAGGUCCCUCCCCCCUUUUCAGGACUUGCCUAACCAAUCUGCUGUCACUGAGCAACAUUGGGGCUGCCUGGGUGUCAACUCUGGAGAGCGUAGCACCCCGCUGCCCUCUCAGCCUCGCUGCCCCAACCCCAGGCCCCGACGGGCCCGAACCUGGAGGCAUGGCAGCCGAUGGGGGCGUGGAAGACAUUAGGAAGAAAAGGAACGGCCAAGACUCUUUUUUCUUUAACAAGCAUUUAACUCUGCAUCAGGAGACGCCAACACAGUAUUCUCUUUCAGCCAGGAAGAUCCCUCCUGCGGCAGAUAGCCCCAUGCCCUCGCCAGCAGCCCACAUCACCACCCCCGUUCCAGCAUCCGUUUCCCAGCCUUUCAACAACCCCAGUGCCGUGUAUCUUUCUUCAGCUCCCAUCAGCUCGAGACUCACCUCUUCCUACAUAAUGACAUCAGCCAUGCUCUCAAACGCACCUUUUGUGGCGUCGCCGGACCCGAGUGCCCUCAUGUCACACACCACAGCUUUCCCCCAUGUGGCUGCAACCCUCAGCAUCAUGGACUCAACCUUCAAGGCCCCACCCGCCGUGUCCCCGAUACCAGCCGUCAUCCCUUCCCCAUCCCACAAGCCAUCCAAAACCAAAACCAGCAAAUCCUCAAAAGUCAAAGACCUGUCCGCCCGUAGCGACGAGUCUCCAAGUAACAAAAAGAGGAAGCCGCAGCCUUCGACUUCCUCCUCCUCCUCCUCAUUAACCCUGCCGACAUCCCUCUCGUCUCCAUUGUCAGGGCCCCACAGAAAGAACUGUGUCUUGAAUGCCAGUUCAGCCUUGAACUCCUAUCAGGCGGCCCCUCCCUAUAACAGUCUGUCUGUGCACAACUCAAACAAUGGGGUGAGCCCACUCAGUGCCAAACUGGAGCCCUCAGGACGGACCUCGCUGCCCGGCGGCCCCGCGGACAUAGUGAGACAUGUGGGCUCGGUGGGCGGCAGCAGUGACUCCUGUCCCCUCUCUGUGCCCUCCCUUGCAGGGGACCUCUCUCUGGCCUCACACAAUGCCGUGUCUUCGCUGCCCCUCUCUUUUGACAAAUCAGAAGGAAAAAAGCGUAAGAACUCGAGUUCUAGUAGCAAAGCCUGUAAAAUCACUAAAAUGCCUGGUAUGAAUAGCGUUCACAAAAAGAACCCUCCCAGCCUUCUCGCACCGGUGCCCGAUCCCGUUAACAGCGCCUCCUCUCGGCAGGUCGGGAAAAAUAGCAGCCUAGCUUUGUCACAAUCCAGUCCUUCAAGCAUAUCCAGCCCAGGACACAGCCGACCGAAGACCACAAACCGAACGGGCAGGAUAAGGACUCUUCCAUAACAAGACUGUGAAGCCACUUGGAAACCAAUGCCUGGCCGCCUGGCCAAGGUGGGAGGAGGAGGGAGGGGAGCGCGCAGCCAGGGAGAGUCUGUUUCCUGCGCCGUGACUGUGGCUCGGGUCGUUCUUCUUCCUUUUUAAUUGACCAGUUUUUAGUUUUGAAGAAAGAGCAAAAGGCAAAAGAAUGUGAAUUUAAGAUUUACAGAAAACAAUACCAGUGUUCUGUUUGGGUUCUUUCAUUUGCCUUGUGUAUACGUUCUUCCAAGUUCGGGGUCGCCCCUCUAGCUUCCCAUGCUGCUACUGCACCAUCAUUUCGCUCCAGCCACGAGCACAGACAUGGCCCAAUGUCCGCUCCCGGUUGGCGUUGUCUGAAACUCUUGAACUUGAGCACGCGGUGCUCCUUUCCUCGACCUCCCACCCAUCCCUUGCGUCCCCUCCCACCUGCCGCUCACCGGGUCCUCACUGGCCAUGCAGAAGGAGCCGGCUCCCCUUUGGACAGUGUGCUGGGGGUGGGGCUUUCCUGGGGAAGAGCCUGUGUUUGGGGCGCUGAGAGCAGGGAGCCCCGUGAGGACUGAGCACGCUCAUCAGGGUUCUGCGCCGCACCAGCACUGCGGGAGCCAGAUGCUAUGAGCAAAACCGAGAAGAGUGGCCGUUGAACUAUGUCGUUUAGCCGAUACCACUGUCCAGCUGUGCAGCUCAGAGAGGAGCUACGGGGUCAGGGACGGGCUGGAAUGGGCCUGGAAGGUGACAAGAAGCAGAGCUUCUGCGUAGGGGAAGAUACCUGUCAAAAGACAGAGGAAAGCCAGUGACUGAUAAUAUGAGGUUGUUAGGCAUCUGUGCAGCAGAAUCCCUUCCAGGGUGCGGGUCUACAGUGAUGCCAAAGCCAGGCGAACCAGAGGCGGAGAAAUCCCAGGAAGGAGGGCAGGAGACCCCAGGAGGUCCCUCAGGGCUUGAGACACAGCUUCCACGGUGCAAGUUCUUAAGCUUCCUUCCAGGGCUAGGCAAGAGGAGUAGAAGCAGGGCUGGGCGUGCAGGAAGGGUCUGAGGACAAACUUCCACGAAGGGUUAAGCAAUAGACACCUGGGAGAAUAAGUAACUUCUAGCCCUGCCCUCCUGCCUCGGAGCCCCCAGCCCCAGGGUCCCAGGCAGUCAGCACACCCAUCAGUCAGCUUGUGCUAGGCUAUCCCAAGCCCCAGCCUGGACACAGCCACCCCAGGGAGGUAUGGUCAGCCCAGCUACCUACCCCUUAGUGCGGAGCUGUCUGGAAGUGUGGGAAGAGAAAAGCUAGAGCCCCACAGCUCUGCAACUGUUCACACUGGAGUUUUAAAAGAAAUAGCAAUAACCACAAGCUGUACUACGGAAUGGUAAUCAGGAAAGGAAUUCACAAUAUGAAAUAGGCAUCUUGUGCUAUUAAUCAUGAAAUUUUGUAUACGAUAUAUUAGCAAGAGAGACCAGGAAGUUUUGCUUCAUCCCUAAAUCAGAAAUGAAUGCCAGUUUCGCAGCUGGACCCAAACCUUCAUCCCAACCCCAAAGUUUCCCUUUUCCUUCCCAUCCCCACAACCCAAAGAUCAGACUACUGUUACGUUUUACCACAUUGGAUUUUGCGAAGACGGGAGGCAAAUGGAGUGAUUUGUAUCAAUGGAAUUGCACUGACCGUGUUUCUUAUAGGAUUCCUAAAAUUUUUAAUAUAAAAUGAAGAUUUUUUUAAAAAUCAGGAGUUGAUAUUAGGUACCAGGACAUUAGUUCAGAUGAUUUCAUUUUUAUUUCUACAGUGUUAAAAGUGCACUUAUAUGCCGGUUUAUUUACAUCUUGAGAAAAAGAGACUACAAAUUGAAGGGAAGAUGGUUACUUUUUCUUUUUUAAAAAAAAAAUUAAGGCAGA